AUGCUUGCUACUGCUCAUGAUUCAAAUCGUUAUACAAAACCAAACACAUAUGACCAUGAAUGGAUAGAUAAUGAUAAUAAACGAAUUUCAUGGAUGAAUUAUUUUACAAUUCAGACAAUUCCAGAAGAAACUGAUAUUACUGAUUGUCCAAUACGCAAUUAUAGUGACAGUGACAGUUCGUCAUUAUCAUCAACGGAAGAUUCUUAUGUUGUUUUUGAAGUUCAACGACCUCGUUCAGUCGUUGAAACAAAAACUAUAAUAGAAAAACAAUUAAAUUUUGCUCAAAUAAACGAUGAUAAACAUCAUAUUGAAUAUGAUCAAAUUACUCAAUCACUUAUAAUUGAGAUACCUUCAAAAGAAUAUGCAAUUGAACAUCGAACAGAACCAAUAGCUACUAUGCAAUUAUCUAAUAAUAUUCUUAUUCAUAAACCGAAAAUAUUUGAUAAAUCAAUUUUGAUGUCGCACAAUAUUGUAAAAUUGAAGACAAAUUAUAAUACUGUAGAACAUCGUUCAUUAUCGUUUUCAUCUAAAACGAUAGGUGAACAACAAUCAAGAAAUAAUUGUUCUUCAAUAGAAAGUCUUGAUUCAAUUGAAAAUGAUUCACCAAAAAAGUCUCGAAUAACUACGACAUUUGCUCAUUUAUCAUUACAACGUAAAUCAAAUCCUAUUCAAAUACAACAAGAAAAAUCAUUUAUGGAAAAAACAACAUUAACACGUACAUUUGCAUUCGAUCAUAUAUCUACGGGAAAAUGUGAUCGAGUUAAUAAUGAAAAAAUUAUUAAUGUUGAAACAAACCAUAAAGAUAAAACGAUUCUUCCAUUUUAUUUGGAUAAUAAAUCAAAUACUAAUAAUAAGUCUUCAAUAUCAAAUGAUGUUACAAAUACAUCUCCAUUACUUCGUUUACUAAAAAACAGUUCUCGAAUUGUAAGAUCCGAAUAUUACUUACCCGAGAACAGCAUUAAACCUACUGAUCAUUCAUUACUUCAAGGGAAAUAUCUUGACGAAAGACGUACAUUAACAGAGCACAAUGCUCGAGAAUCAUUAGAACAAUGUCAAUUUUUAUCAGCUUCAAUUUCUUCUCGAGCAAGUUUAUCAAAAACAUUCCCACCAGAUGAUAUGUCAACAAAUUCAUCGCUUCGAAAACGAAUAUUUAAUCGUUUUCAACAUUUUUUGAAACCUAAUUCAACUGAAAAAUCAAGGCCAUGGCAACACAAGACGAUAUUUGAACUUUUUAAUGACAGAAAAAGUAAAAAUGAUCGUCAUUAA